AGAAACAGAGUUGCUAUGUGUCGAACAUUACAGAAGCACAUUAAAUGAACAGCACCCAGCUGUUUAUCUGCAAACUACCCUAUGAAUGGUAAUGGAACUGGUAAUGACCCAUAAUCAAUGACUCUUAAACUCAAGCUAUUUUUUCCUGUGCUGCAGCUUGAAAACUACAUCCAGGACAGCAUGAAACAGGACAUGGUCCAAAUCCAACAGACUGCUGUACACAACCAUACUGCUACAAUGAUUGAAAUUGGAACAAACCUGCUGAGUCAAACCGCAGAGCAAACAAGGAAACUGACCAAUGUGGAGGCACAGGUAAUUCAUCAUACAACUCGACUCGAGCGUCAACUUCUUGAAAAUUCCUUAUCAACCAACAAGUUGGAAAAACAACUGAUUGUCCAGACAAAUGACAUCAGUAAGCUUAAUGACAAAAACAGCUUUCUGGAGAAAAAGGUUGAGGAGAUGCAGGAGCAGAGGCAGGUGGAGCUGAAGCUGCUUCGAGAAGAGAAAGAGCAGCUUCAGACUCUGAUACUGAGGCAGACGGCCAUCAUAGGUGAGCUGGAGCACCAGCUGCUCAAAGUCUCCUCCAACAACACUUUACUGCAGCAUCAGCAGCAGGAGCUACUGGACACCGUCAACAACCUCAUUCACACCAUCUCUGUCGGCUCAGCUCAAGGGAGCAAACCUGUCAUGAUGCAGGACACUCCAACUACAUUCAUGGACUGUGCUGCUGUGUUCAAAUCAGGAAACACCCAAAGUGGAGUCUACACUCUCACAUUAGCCAACACUACAAUAGAAGUUAAGGCUUUCUGUGACAUGGAGACAGAAGGAGGUGGGUGGACAGUACUACAAAAACGCUUUGAUGGCCAUGUUGACUUUCACCGUACGUGGCAAGAGUACAAAAAGGGGUUUGGAGAACCUUCGGGUGAAUUCUGGUUAGGAAAUGAAUUUGUUUCCCGACUCACAAUUCAACAGUCCUACAAACUAAGGAUCCAGCUGAAUGACUGGGAAGGAAACUCUGGAUUCUCACAAUAUGACCAGUUUUCUCUCGACAGCGAAGCACAAAAUUACAGGAUACACCUUAAAGGCUUCAGUGGAACAGCAGGCAAAAUAAGCAGCAUCGGGCAGCCAGGAAGUGAUUUCAGUACAAAGGAUGCAGACAACGACAAAUGUGUUUGCAAAUGUUCACAACUGACAACAGGGGGUUGGUGGUUUGAUGCCUGUGGUCCGUCCAAUUUGAAUGGGAUGUAUUACCAAGAAGGCCAGAACUCAAACCGCUUCAACGGCAUCAAAUGGUACUACUGGAAAGGCUCAGGCUACUCGCUGAAGUCCACUACAAUGAUGAUAAGACCAGCAGACUUCUCAGGUUCCCUUUGAACUGUCAUUGACUGCCCGAAAAAAAGUAACAAACAACAAAACCAAAAAUACAAAUUCUCAAGGGACCCAAAGCACAUCAUGAAAAUAUUCUUUACAUAACUUUGGAAAGACAUAUGUUGUGGAUGUUUAUGUUUAUAGUUUUAAUUAAAUGGGUUGUUGUAAAAUAUGGCCGGUCAAAAUGACAAAUAUUUAUACUAAAAAAUAGUGACUAUAGUAUGUAUAGAAAAUAUUAGUAUAGCAAUUACACUGAGUGUAAAUGUGACAUUAAUCAUUAAGAUUUAAUGUAGUUCAAGCACCCAUUUAACUAUGUCUUGUAUAAAAGCUGCCUAUGUCAUUGUAAAAAGAGACUAUGGUACAACAUGCAGAUAAACAACUGACUUAAAGUGAUUAUGUUUCUGUUGAAUGCCUAAAAUGUAAAUGCAAAUGUAAAAAUACCACAGAAAAUGUUUUUCUCCUGAGAAUGUAUGUACAUUUGUUGUUUAAUUUAUAUGUAGAUUUUACGUUUGAUAUUUAACAUUAUUACAGAGAUUUGUUAUAAAUCUUGAAUCCUUGCUAGUUAACGAUUUCACUGCACAUACACUAAGAGGAAUUCUUUUAAUAUAACUCUGCAGUACCUUCUUGCAUGCUCAUGCAUAACGAUAAAUCUUUUUGCAGUCUUUUGGGAAUGUAUUUUGUUAUUUAUGCAAUAUGUCUUUUGAAGCUUCCACAAGCAAAUCUUAUGAGAAAGUUGUACAAGGGAGGAGGCUGAAUUUCUCAUCAGUAAACACACUAAAUGUGUUGACUGUUAUGCUCUACCAGCUGUUAUAGCCUUAAAGUUGAAUAUUAAACACAACCAAAAGGCAGAAAGCCUAAAACGAAAGCCUUAACUCUACCUUUUUUCCAUAAUAGUCCUACCAGAACAAUUAACUGCCUGGUGAAUGCACAAUUUUCAGAUUGCCACAAUUUUGUCAGCAAAGUUUUAACAUUUCAACUACAAAAUAAAAAAUGGA